AUGCGCCUCAUCCAUGUGGACACCCUUGAGCUAAAGCUGUUCAACGAUAGCGAGCUCCCCGAAUAUGCCAUCCUUUCCCACACGUGGGGUAAUGAGGAGAUCACUCUUCAAGAUAUGCUAGAGAUUGAGAAGCUGAAGCAGAUGUCUAAGAUCUUAACCGACCAAGCCGCAUUUACCAAUCAGACCACGUUGGCAUUCGACCCCCAUCUCAUGUUCCCAGCUUUCCAAUUGCUGUUCAAUGGCGAGUACAGCAAUGCCGUCCAGGAGGCUUUCACGAACUCUGAAAGGUGGUUCACAGGCAGGUCCGGCUAUAUGAAGAUCGUCAAAUGCGCAGAGAAAGCAAAGAGCUUGGGGAUCCCGUACAUAUGGGUCGACACCUGUUGUAUUGACAAGACAAGUAGCGCAGAGCUGCAGGAGGCCAUCAACUCUAUGUAUCGGUAUUAUAAAAACGCUUCCAGAUGUAUUGUCUACCUUGCCGAUGCUAUGCCGUUUGGACCAAAUAUUACGCAUUCCGGUCGCAAGCACUUCAGAAAUGUUCUGGCAUCUUCGAGAUGGGUCACACGAGGAUGGACUCUCCAAGAGCUGAUAGCGCCCCAGUCCAUUAGGUUUUAUGCGCAAGACUGGACUUACUUAUGCAGUAAGGUCUCCUGUAUGGAUGAAUUGUCCGAGGUUACCGGCAUCCCCUCCGCGAUCCUUGAAAUCGGGGAUCCCAGUCAGGCUUGCGUUGCACAGAGGAUGUCCUGGGCGUCGAAUCGCUCAACAACUCGCAUCGAAGAUACAGCAUACUCUCUUAUGGGCCUCUUCGAUAUCCAAAUGCCAAUGCUCUAUGGAGAAGGCGAAAAGGCGUUCAUCCGCCUACAAGAGGAGAUUCUCAAGACUUCCGAUGAUUACUCUAUUUUCGCAUGGGAUUUGGACGAAUUCGGGUUGUCAAAAUACCGAGGCUUGCUUGCCAGAUCACCCGCAGAGUUUAAACUAUGCGGAACGUAUGAACGAGACGACUCAUUAGUCGGAUUGGAGUUCCCAAUCACUUCUACAAAUCUUGGCUUGCAUGUCCAACUCGAAAUGCGACAACACGGUCCGGAGAAUAGUGUGUUCAUAGCCUCCCUGCGUACCAUCAACAGCGACAAGAAGCGAUUAGGCAUUUUGCUCAAGAAAUUGGACAAUGAUAACCAGUAUGCAAGAAUUGGAAAAGGGUUUCUG